UUGCGCGCCACAGAAUAAGAAUGAAGGAAAUUUACAGAGUUCCUUUCGAGAGAAACACAGAACGUGUAAAGCAACUGCGAUAUGACUAUGUGCAGAGAGUGAUGGAACUAGAAGCAGAUGCCAUGGGACAUGAGCUACUUUUUGUAGAUGAGGCCGGUUUUAACCUCAGUAAAACCAGGAGACGUGGCAGGAACAUUAUUGGACACCGUGCCAUCAUCAAUGUCCCAGGACAACGUGGUGGUAACAUAACCAUGUGUGCAGCUAUAAGCCAAAAUGGUGUUGUUCACCAUCAUGCAACCAUAGGCCCAUACAACACUGCACACAUUAUUGCAUUCCUGGACACCUUACAUGACAUGCUCACUGUUCAGAGACCAGAGCAUACCCGAUAUGUCAUCAUACGGGACCAUGUUAGUUUCCAUAGGGCUGCUUUAGUCCGCAACUGGUUUACAGACCACCCAUCCUUCAUGGCACUCAACCUCCCUCCAUACUCUCCAUUCUUAAAUCCCAUCGAGGAGUUCUUCUCUGCCUGGCGCUGGAAAGUGUACGAUCGUCAUCCUCAUCAACAGGUAGGCCUUUUACAGGCAAUGGAGGAGGCAUGUGGAGAUAUUGACCAGGCAUCAUGUCAUGCAUGGAUACGGCAUUCAAGGAGAUAUUUUCCCCGGUGCCUUGGACUGGAGGAUAUCGCAUGCGAUGUGGACGAAAUUUUGUGGCCGAACCCAGAAAGACGACAUGAUGUAGGCUGA